AUGAGCGGCCAUUGUGGAAACUCUAGCGGCGAAGACUUUGGUCGCCCCGACUUCGACGCGAAGAAGGCCAACAAUCGGUUCACUGCUCUCGCGGAGGCACACCGCAAGAGCAAUCGCGUGUCGGCACGUGCUUCUGGCAUUUCAGAAGACGUCAUGGAGAAGGUGGCCCUGCUCGAUGACAUACUCUCCGCACACGACGACGCAAAGGAAGAAGAGUCGCAGCGAAUCGCAGACGCCAAGAUAUCACAAGAGCACACCGACAACCUGGGCAGUGUUGUGCGCGAGGAGGCGAUGCAGUCGUUGGGAAAGUGGAAGCAUGAUGUCGACGACAAUGGUGCUUCUCGGGGUGGUGGUGGUAAGAUGCUAAAAGUGAUGACGAUGAUGCACGAGCAAGUUCAAUCCGAACUUGAAUUUCAACGCGAGAAGCAUGAAAACGAAAUCAAGGAACGUUAA